AUGUUAGAUAAUAAUGCAAUAGAAUACAUCUCCGAGAGAGCUUUCGGAGGGCUGGGCCAGCUUAGAAAAUUGACUCUUUCGGGAAAUAGAUUGACAACUUUCUAUGACGAUAUUCUCGAAGAUACAAGGCAUCUCUCAAUUUUAGAUUUAAAGAACAAUUUAUUGCCUUUUGUGUCUUACGAAACAGUUCGACAAAUUGUGGACAAUGACAAGGCCGUCUCAGCUGUUGUGUAUAUGGAUGGUAAUCCAUUCAAAUGUAACUGCCGCCUUUCCUGGAUCUAUCAUUUGCUCAAUGAGACUAAGAGCAGGGAAAUGAGAGAAGCCCUCGAAAAGGUAACCUGCGUUGAGAACGAGAGACAUCCUAAUGACCACACCAACGAAGAUCUUGAAAGCAGUAAUAUUUUAUCAGAGGACAAUUACGAGUAUUAUGACAAAAAUGAGGAGUAUUUAGACAGAGAUAAACCAAAGUUGAACAAAGCUAAGAAGUUGACUGAAAUACCUUUAGAGUUGCUCCCCUGUCCGAAGGAAUUGAUGCAAUCUGUGGAAGAAUCUUACGGGCAGCCAAUUCAGAAUGAAAUUAGACUUAAAUCUUCCUCUGAAACUCUAAAAACUGUGCCCACUUUUGCUUUCGUUUUAUCUUUAUUUUUAAUUAUGGUA